AUGGCCGCAGGGGAGCAUACUGAUGGGGGAACCACGAUCCUUGUCAGCUUAUCACAAUCACACCUCCGACAUACACCCAAGCCAGCUCAGGAGAAGGAGUCUGUCUCUAAGCAACUUUUUGAUUCUGAACCAAAGGUUCAGAGUAAAAAGGUGCAACGAGCCCAGCAGACAGACCACAAAAUAAAACAGAUAAAGAGUGUGGAUACAGUGCAG